ACGCGCACGCACACAGCAUGUCCACUUACUGCAAAUAUGCAUAUACAAAUGCAGCAUAAGUCAUUACGAAAUGCGAAUUUUUUCCAUACACUUAUACAGAAGAAAUACAAAGAUUUUAUGAUCGCGUGUUCACUGUCUCUUUAAAAUCCAACCGCAUGACGUCAGAUAUUUUGACAGGACGACGGAGAAACCGGAUCCGCCACUGACAACAACAACAAACACAAAGAUGUCCCGGGGAAGCGCGAGUGCUGCUCGGUGAGAUGCCGGUAACGGCGGCGGAGUGGAGAGGAUGCGGCGGCGCACGCUGCUGGCGCGUACUGAUGCUCGCUGCCUCCGCGCUCCUGAUGUUGGCGGAGAGACUGGCGCUUCUGUACUGUAUCGGGUUCUACCUGUGGCGGAAUGAGUUGUGUUUGGGCGGCCUGACCUUUGCCCUCUUGUUACCGGGGUCACUAGUGCAGGUGUUGAGUUUCAGGUGGUACAGAGCCGACGGAGACACACGAAUUUGUCAAAGUUUCAUCAUACACACGCUGCACCUGGGCAUCUUCAAAAGGUUAUGGGACUGCACCAUAAGCGAGUGGACGGCACAUUCACAUGCGCAGGAGGUGAUGCAGCAGGCGGAUGCGUCUGCUCUGCGUCUGCUAGAGGUCUUGCUGAUGACCCUGCCGCAGACACUUCUGCAGACGUAUGCGCUUACGGAUACCAGCUACAGUCUCUCGUCUCCAGUGGCUCUGUGUGCCGGUUUGUGUUUGCUUUCGUUGUCCUGGACGUUGGUGCUGUACAGUCGGGCGUGUUGUCUCAUUCGUCCCGGGCACUUGCAGAUGCCACCAGCCGCACUCCUGUGCCAGCUGCUUUGGAGGGCGGGGAUGUUAGCUGCCCGCUUCACCAGCAUCGCCCUGUUCACCCGAACCUUUGGCUGCUGGGUCGUCGGCGUCAUGGCAUCUCAUUGGCUGAUCGCUGCGCUCUGGUUGGUCUCCCAGCAGACUGACAUCUAUGUGGGACAGUGGUCAUGGCGUGUGUUUAACAUUAUAAUGGGAGGCAUCCAUGUGUUUUUGUUUCUUAAUGUGAAGAAUGGCCCUUCACGGUUCCGCAUGGCAGGAUUUUACACGGCAAUGCUGCUUGAGAACGCUGUGCUGUUAUUGGCUGCUUCUGACAUCCUUACUGAUGCAUCAUGGGAUAGCCUGACCGUACCCACUGCUGUUCUGUGCAGCUUUCUGCUUGGUCUGACCGCCUUGGUGUUGUACUAUCGUUUCCUGCAUCCCAAAUCCACUGAAAUCUCGCUGGGUUUGCAUCAGCGUGGGCACAUGGGCAGAGAAUGUCUCCAGCAGGGUGAUUCCUCCUCCUCUCUGGGAGACAAAAGUCUCCGCCCCACCCCUCUUCCUGCCCUUUUUCAGUCCUCUCACCCUUCAUGCUCUCUCUCUGGAAUUCCCGGAUCGCUGCUGGAGCAUCCCGGGAGCUGCGGAGUAAAACCGGACGGCGAGUGUCGACACCAUCACUGGCUGCUUAUCCGUCUCGCCCUAAAAACCGGUGACCCCGGCAAGAUCAACGAGGCGUACGGGGCAGGUGGCGUCUCCGAGAUACUGGUGACGGAUCAUAAGGAGGAGAUCAGCGAUGACGGGUGUGCGUUAACCUCAGACAGCAGGGACGACACAAUGGCGCCUUUGUCCGACUGCAGGGAGGAGUUUGAGAGCGUGAGUGAAGCCAGAGAGGAAGAAGAGGACGAAGAUGACAGUUUAGUAAUGGAGAGCCCGCUGGAGUCGCCAGCAUCGGAGUGCAAGAGAAGCUCGCCGGAGGGCAAAUCCGUGCUCGGGGACAGUCCAGAGCCGAAUUACUGCCCUACCGAAUCCAGCUCCACCUUGUACUUCAGCGCUGACCCGCAGUCCCCCAGCAGCUCCAGUAACCCUCGCCUGGACCGCGAGAUGCACUUUAGUUACGGUUCUGGUACUGGACUAGAAACUCUAGAUGAGCUGAGCCCCAUCUCUACUGAUGGCGGACUUCACAGAGAUCUUGCUAGGGGGCUUUUGGGCCGAGCCGGGCCCUGCUACACAUCCACACCCGGACUGAAUGGACAGGGGCUUCCAGAGAGUUCGGUUACACAUCUAAGGGGACCCCGCAGGCAGGUCGUUCUCUCUCGCAGGGGUUUAGAUGAGGACGGUGGGUUUUAGCGACGAAUGCAAAUGCGUAAUCCGUCUCUUGUGAGAUACUGUGGUCGAGUGAAUUUAAGAAAAGUUAUUGUCACUGUGUGAGGUUUCACUGUCUCAUCUGUGCACUUUAGGGAUAUCAUUUUUAAAAAUGAUGCAUGGAAAAUAGCAUCAAUACUUGUUGGCAUUCUGAGCAAGUUUGAUUCAUGCAUUGAUAAUCAUUCAUCUGAAUGAUCUACUACAUGAUGAUGCAUCAUGCACUGUUGUAUUUUACAUACUUUCCCUUCCAGAAUGUGAAUUACCAGUGGCAAAAACAACAGAUUUGUUGUUAAAACAGAAAGAAAACUGAAUGCAAUGCAUCCCAUUUCCAACCAGAUUUUCUUUUUUUAAACUAUGGCCAGUUGUGUGGCCCACCACCAGUAACAUUAAUUCAUCACAGGGCAUUCACUCAUAUUAUGAAAUGCAAGCAGGUUUUAAAAAUGCAAACUUUAAAACUUGAACCUAGAUCACUACAUAAUGAAAACAUUAAGAUAUGGAAAACAUUUUAACUAAUAUUUAUUUUUUUAUGUUUACAUUUAAACUUUUAUUCUGUUCUUCUAUGUGUCUACUUAUGUUCAGAAUGGAAUACUAAGCAUACUGUUUACUGCAUGCUUUGCAGUAUACACUACAUACUAUCUACUAGUUCUUAAUGUGAUGAUGUAUACAAUGUCUUUUGCAGUCCAAUCAAAUAACAACCAAAUUUGGAUGAAAAUCUUCAUUUUACUCUGAAAAUGGACGAGGAGGUCGAGUGCAUUGCAUUAUGUGACUCUAGUGCAGGAUUUUUUUAACUUUAUGAUGCCCAAAAUAUGGACCCCCAAAUACGUUUUGUGAGGGACCCCCUAUACCUAAAAUAUAUAUAAGCAGUUUAUAUAUUUUAUGUAUAAUAAAUAUAUAUUCGGCUACACUUAUAGAGUAAUGCUGGAUGUAUGAAGAGAUACAUUUUUAAUUAAAAUGUAUUUUUACCACAGCAACUUUUUAAAUAAAAAAAUCUUGUUUUAUAGCAGAUUUACUAAGAAUCCGGCCUUAUAAACCCCAAUAAGUGAAAUAAAGCAGACUGUAAUAAGAAAAAAACACUAGAAAGAUACAAAGAAAAUAAAAAUGAAUGCAUGUAGCAAGAAAUAAGAGAUAAACGCCUAAAUAUAUUUUACAAUUUUUCUUUGGCAUUGUUCUCUGAAAUUUUCUGGGGGCCCCUAGGCCAAGACCUCGUGGAAGCCCCCUGUGGAUCCCCGGACCCCAGUUUGAAAACCCCUGCUCUAGUAGUGUAUACUACACUAAUUUUGGCUUAUAAUUAUAAAUGUAGAUCAUGCACCAUAUUUAUAGAAAAUAUACUAAAUAAUACAUAACACAGAAAAAAAAUUAUAUCAACAAGUUUGUUGUUUUACUUUACCUUAACAAAUGAAGUUAAAUAAUUUCAGCUUGUUUACAAUUUAUGUCAAUACUAGUCAAAAACUUAAAAUAGUAGGUUAAAUUGUCUUGCAUAACUAAGGCACUGCAGCGUUUUUUUUUUUUUUACAGCGGCUUACUGCAUGAAUACUACAAGUAUGAUAGUGUGCCAUUCUGAACAUAACACCACCUCCAUAAAAACAUAAAAAAUCCACAUGCUGGUAAUGUGACAAGCACAAUUCGUUCACAAGUUGCAGGCAUUAUGUCUUCUUUUUUGUUCAACUUGUAUCCUAUGAUGUAAUGUUACUCUUUUAAAGGGCUUUAGUCUGGAUUAUAGUAUUUUUUGGCAUACCAUGUCUGAUACAAUUUAUCCUAUGAUCAGAUCAACUUAAACUCUCAAAAAUAAAGGUGCCUCACAGCGAUGCCAUAGAAGAACUGUCUUUGGUUCCUCAAUUAAUCUCUUUUUUUUUUUACAAAGAACCUUUUUUGAAACAGAAAGGUUUUAAAGAUGUUAACAAAUCUUUAUGAAACCAUACAGCCAAAAAAUAGUUCAUCUAUGGCAUUGUGAAGAACUUUUAUUUACUUUUAUAGUGUAAGAGCAGGUUAUUAAUCACCAGUGUUGGGGAAAGUUACUUUUAAAAAUAAUGCAUUACAAUUGUUACUUACAAAAAAGUAACUAAUUGUGUUACUUAGUUACUUUUCAUUGAAAGUAAUACUUACGUUACUUUUAAGUUACUUUUGUGUACUUUUUCUUACUUGGCUGAGGCUUGAUCUCUUUCAGGAAGAGUAAUCUACGUGACUACGUUCAGUUUAGUUCAGUAAUUUUUUUAUCGUAUUCAUUAAACUGAAAGUAACUCAAAUAUUAAUGUGUACAUUUGUUACUUCAGAAAAGAAAUAUUAUCAAGUAAUGCGUUACCCAAAACACUGUUAAUCACAGCAGAAAGUGACAUGCCUAUAAGUCUUUUAUAACAAAUGAUCACAUUUUUAUUUCUGUCCACAAAUCUUGGAUAUUUGAUUUUAUAUCAUAUUAUAAUUGCAUCAGAGUGUUUGCUUUUAUCUCCUGAUACAUCAGUCAUAUUAUUAUUAUUUUGACUUUGCAGAUAAUAGUUCAAUACUCUUUCCAGCCUAAUCGUAAGAUAUUUAAAUAGUUCUUUAUAUCCAGUCCAAAAUGUAUAAUAUGCUGUAACUGCAUUUAUUAUGUAAAGAUUCCAAAGUUAUUUAUUUAAAACUGAAACACAGUCAUUUAUUGUUAGAUCUCAUGUUAAAUAUUUUUGAUUUUACAAAAACUAUUUAAUGUUUCAGUGAAUAUCUUACAUAUUACAAUAAUCUCUGAACACUGGGUGGUUUUUCACUUUUUGAAGUGUUUCUUUGUUUUUCUUUAUGAGUGUGUAUUUGUUAUCUGCAUGCUUUUUAUAUGAAGGAUAUAUGUGUGCUUUAACAAUAAUACUGAGUUAUUAUGUGUCAAACUGGACUCUGUGUCAACAUUUGCAAUAAUUUCCAAGCAAAGCAUGAGCCAUAACAGUCUAUGGAGAUUAUCAGAAUGUUUGUACGCUUUUUUGUGUGUGAAUUGUUUUUCAUUUAAAAACUGUGAAUACUCAUUAAAUCCAUCAAUCCAAAUUAUUCCAAAAUGUAUAAAUUAUUAUAAUCUAAAUUAAUCACAGAGUAAAUGUUUACCAGCAUUGGUUAGGGUGAACCUCUUGAGCAAUAAAAUAAAUAUCAUUAUUAAUAGGACAAUAAAAAAAUCUUUUCACAAAAAUAAUUAAUUGAUUUCACCUAAACGCAUCAGGAAAGUAUUUUUUGCUACCAAAAUGUUUAAAAAUCUUUGCACUAAUUAAAUAAAAGUAGUUCUCUUCAAAAUA